AUUCACGCGAGAGUUGUUUGUUUGUUUGUGGCAUGUGUUUAUGACAAGUGACGAGCGCUGGUGUUCUUUAGCCGGCUAGUGUUCUUUGUAAGGCCAAGUCAUCUGUUUUUGUGUUCUUUCCUCUUUGCAUUGGAAUACUAUACUCAUGUGUGUGAAUGUGUUAACACUGAGUGGUUUUUGCAAGAAAUGAGUUAUGCUUGUUGCUAGUUUGAGUGAAAACCAUCUUACCAUUGAAUUAAAGAAGAAACAGUCGAAAGAAAUAUCAAUAUACCCUACAACAGUGAAGUAAGAUGGAAAAAUAACAAAACAAACAUCGAUAAAGAAUUUGAACUUCGCUCAUAGACUGGUUAGUGGCGCUUGUGACAAUAGAUAAAUGGGAAUCAGCGUAGCCGUUUUGGGCCUUUUCUAGUAAAAUUGUCAAUCAAAAACUCAAACGAGCCACUUUAAAUAACUACAACGACGACAGGCUGCAUCAACGCCAACAACUUCAUUGCCUGCAAAACCCGCCAGACUGCCAGCAUCCCUGCCGACAACAUCAUUAGUGGUGGUGUAGUUGUAACACAGGAUUUCACAGACACCAACUCAUCAAACCAAAAGUAGAAAAAAAAACGAGUGAAUUGCAAAAAGAUUGCAAUAAAACCAAAGAAUUAUGUCCUCCUUGUUAACCACAAAACUGCCAACAUUUGAGGAAAUUCUAGAAACGGCCAAAGAGACAUUUCAUCAAAACUUUGGCCAUGCGCCAGAAUUAGCCUGUUGUGCACCGGGACGUGUUAAUUUGAUUGGUGAACAUGUUGAUUACAAUGACGGUUAUGUUCUACCCAUGGCUCUUCCCAUGGUUACGGUCAUUGUUGGCGGUCAACGACCAGGAAAUGAAGUCGAUUUAAUUACAUGCUGCACUGGUGCUGAUGAUCCGAAGCGUGUUAAAUUUUCAUUAACGGACUUGCAACCGCGCCAAAACCCAAAAUGGGCUAACUAUGUAAAAGGUGUAAUCCACACUUUUAUGGCCAGCGUUGGUGUACAACUUGCGAAUGGUUUCAAUGCGGUCAUUGUGAGUAAUGUGCCCGUGGGGGCCGGUUUAUCGUCAAGUGCUGCCAUUGAGGUAGCCACAUUGACAUUCCUCGAACAUUUUACCGGCCACAGCGUAGUAAGUGAUUCCAAACGCGCUCUAAUUUGCCAAGCUGCUGAGCAUAAUUUUGCUGGUAUGCCAUGCGGCAUAAUGGAUCAAAUGAUUUCGGUAGCUGGACAAAAGGAUGCUGCCUUGAAAUUGGAUUGUCGCUCUUUGGAAACAUUCCAAAUUCCAUUUGUUGCCGCUGAAAAGGAUAUGGUGGUCUUAAUUUGCAAUUCAGAUGUGCGGCAUGAGUUAUCCGACAGCGAAUAUCCAACAAGACGUAAACAAUGCUUGCAGGCACUCAAGUUAAUGGGACUGAAGAGCUAUAGAGAUGCAACAGAAGGCAACUUGUCAGAUUUGGAAAGCUCAAAAUGCGAUGAGGUUCUUUUGAAAAGGGCACGUCAUGUCAUUACGGAAAUCCAGCGUACUAAAGAGGCUGCAGAAGCAUUGGAAAAUCAUGAUUUUGUCAAGAUGGGCGAACUAAUGACAAAGUCACAUAUGUCACUACGUGAUGAUUUCCAAGUAUCCUGCAUAGAAUUGGAUGUUCUUGUCGAUGCGGCCAUUAAUUGCUGUGGCGUCCUGGGAUCACGUAUGACUGGCGGUGGCUUCGGUGGCUGCACUGUGACACUCCUGCAACGCAGUGCCAUUGAUGAUGUUAUAACCACAAUGCGUGAGGAUUUCAUCAAGAAAUUCAAUGAAACGGCUGCAAAAAAUAUUGAAUUUUAUAUUUGUACACCAAGUCCAGGAGCCCGCAAAGUUCAUUUGUAAUCAGCUACUACAACACCAAGCUGAUAGAAAGAGGGAGAGAGAGUGUGUGAGAGAGAGAGAGAGAUGGGGCGAUGAUGCAAUAUGCGUGUCCGAGCCUGUGUUGAAGUUGAUAGUUUUCGUGUGCCUUGACAUACAUGUUGGGUGAUUCGGAUCAAUUUUGGCAUGGGCAAGGGCACAUAAAUUGAUUUGGACAUUGUCGCAAGAACGUGCAUGGCCAAAAAUAAAAACACAAUUUAUAUUUUUCUAUAAAAGUGAAAUAAAGCAGAUGGUGAAUUAUGUUCUACAUAAAAACGA